AUGGCUUCCACCACUUUGCGCUGUUCCUCUGCUUUUCGUCGCUGUCUCUCCUCCUCUUGGACGGUCAACAGACAAUUGCUUCGCGGAUUUGCUUCAACGACGUCCUUGCGCGAUGCUAACGCGACGACGACGGCGAACCAGGGCAUUCCUUGGUUCGUAGACCCUGAGCCUGUGGCAAGACGGACACCACAAUCUAUACCUGCUUCACGGAGACAGAAUGCGCCCCCAAUACCUGAAGACACGCCCGAAGUCUUGAGGGAACUUCACGCUCAGCUCUUAAAGUCCCCUCAUCUGGAUAUAUCGCAGCUAGUGGUGACUCCAGCCGUUGCACCACCUCCCGGGCCCGAAUUGCCCGAGCGUCUCCCGCAGGGGAGAAGAGGACGGGGUGGAACUUACGCUGGAGAAUCAAUCUAUGAUGCAACGAGUGGGCUAUGGAGUUGGUACGUCUAUGCUCAGGUGAAAGAAGGAACUGAGGGACGGGGAGCUAUCGACUCUGUUGUUCGGGCUGUGCGCAAAGUGCUGCUCGAGCGAACUCCACCUGUGACAUUGCCUCCCAAGUCAAAACGCCAAAUGAAGACCGGCUGGGCCAUGGUUGAUGCUGGAAACUUUGCCGUCCAUAUUCUCAGCAAGGAAGCCCGAGAGAAGUACUUUAGUGAUAUCAUCCCCCGGUGA